AUGUCAGACAUUGAGGAGAAUCAUGAGGACGGACCACGCAUUCCACAUGUCUUCGUAAACUAUGAAGAAGCCCUCGAAAAUGCCCGAAACAACAAGAGCAACUUCAUCGUCUCUGGAACUCUUUUGGAAAUCGAGGGCGAAGAGCCACGAGAGCCGGAUUUCAACUGCAGAAUCGUGAAAAAUGACUCUGCCUCUGUCCAAGCAGCGAUCAUGGCGGCAGAUGUUAUUAUCUACUCGAUCGCUGAAGGAGAACACACUGCUGAGGCCAUGGCUGCUUUGGAAUUCAUUCAACAGGAAGCUCAGCACUUUACAGCUCCAAAAACGUUUGUCCUCGCUUCGACCUGUAUGACAUGGCUGGAGACGAAGCACCUCGACCCAGACGAUCCAGAAAUUCCAUUCACCGAAGACGACUAUCGAAAACGUCGAACAAGUCCCAAAUUCAAAGAUCACAUUGCUCUCGAAAAGCUCGCGAUCAAAAUGGGAAACCAGCUGAAGAAAUAUCUGACUUGCUACGUGAUAUGCGCGGGUAUUUGCUAUGGUGAUGGAGAAUCGCUCUUGCACUGGAUGUUCAAAGCCGCAUGGAGUGGGGAUGAAUCGUUGCCUAUCUAUGGAAGUGGCUACGGACAAGGAAUUGUGCCGAUGAUCCACGUUCGAGAUUUGGCCUCAACAGUUUUGUACACGAUCGACUUGAUGCCCAAGACGAAAUACAUUCUGGCUGUAGAUCAGUCUCACUCUUCCGUGCGCGACAUCGUCAAGCGCGUUUCCAGCACUCUUACAACUGGACGAACUAAUGUUGUGCCCAAGGCCGAUGCCCAGGCGACUAAUGACAUCAGUCAACUGGCCUUGGACGCUCUCUCGUGCAAUUUGAUGAUCGAGGGUGGCACCGUCCGCAACGACUUCACCUUCCGUUGGGUCUGCGAAGACGGCCUCGUCGAAAUGGUAGAAGAUGUCGUCAUGGAGUACAAGAAAUCGCGAGGCCUUCUCCCUAUUCGAAUCAUUGUCCUUGGCCCACCGGGUGUUGGAAAAACUUGUGUCGCUACUGAACUCGCAGCGCACUACAAAAUCCAUCACAUCCACGUAAAAGCAGUCAUUGAAGACUCCAUUAAAAAUCUUGAACAACUUGUUGCCAAGGGAGAUGCUCCAGCUGAAGAUGAUGAAGAAGAAGAAGAGGUCCAAGAAAAAGCCUCCGAAGCCGAAGCCACUCUCACUCAGCUGAAAGAGUCGAUGGCGGCAAACGAUGGACGCAUCGAAGAAUCGCUCAUCAUCGAUUUACUGAAACAAAAACUCGAAUCCAAACCAGUUCUGAACAAAGGCUACGUCCUCGACGGUUAUCCCAAAACGUAUGCUCAAGCGAAAGCCAUCUUCGAAGAAAUGGACGAAGAAGGAGAACCACAGGGCAAACCUGCUGGCAAUAAAGUCCCAGAAAUGAUCGUUGACUUAUCAGCUACAAAUGAUUUCCUGAAGGAAAGAAUGAUGAAUCUGCCCGAAGAAGUCGUCCAAGGAACUCACAAUAACGAAGAGGGUUUUCUCCGACGUCACGCUCAAUUCCAAGCCGAUCGAGCGGAAGAAGACACCGUUAUCCACUGGUUCAGUGAAAUGGAAAUCGACCCCGUCAUCGCAGAUGUAACUCAAAAUAAUGACGAGGAAAACGCACCCAUUAUCGAAGCGAUCAAAAAGGCUGUCGGCCCCCCUCGACAUUACGGACUCACUCCUGAAGAGAAGGAGGAGCUCGCUCGCGUUGAAUUGGCAGAUCAACAGGCCCGUGAUGCAAUCUCAAGAGCCCUCAAAGCCAAGAAAGAGGCUGCCGAAGCCAAGGCCCGAAAAGCUAACAUCGGGCUUUGGACCGCUCAACUCGAAGAAGUCCGACGACAAGAAAGGCAAAUUUUGGAAGAAAAAGCCCGUCCAUUCCGCCAGUAUGUUGCUACUCACGUGAUGCCCACUCUCACAGCUGGCCUGAUUGAAUGCGCCAAGGUGAAACCCACGGAUCCCGUCGACUUCCUGGCCGAGUAUCUCUACCAGCAUAACCCAGCUCUUCAAUAA